AUGUCUAUGCCAACACAUCAGCCUAUUCAAUUUGGGUCUCGUACUAGUACUAAUGUAAGGAAAAAAAAGGAAAAAGAAACGGCAUCAUCGACAUUGAUGAAGUACUUAUUAGAAAAUAGGCAACGCUCAGAAACUACGACUUCAAAAGAUCCCAUAGAUGCAUUUUUAAUGGGAAUUGCAGCUACGAUGAAAACAUUAGAUCCUUUUCACGCUAAUUUAGCGAAAUCGAAAGUUUUCACAGCAGUUCAGGAAGUCGAAAAGCUACAGAUCACGCAUAACCAAUAUCUUAUGUACAACCCUCCUUCAGAAAGUAAUUGGAAUUGGACUCCUCCGCCUCUUUCUAAUGUUCAAAGUGUUCAAAAAAACCUUCCAAACAACUCUGAAACCUGCCAACUGGUUUCAGAAACAAUAUCGUCUGAUAAUAUAAUAACACGUUUAUAA